CCUGUCAGCCUGCUGUUUGCGACCGCCUUCACCCUGCCAUUGCCCCCACUAUGCUACUGUUCCUGGAUACGCCUUCAAUUCUUAAAUCUCAUGAACGUUACCCAGGUGUUGCUGGCGGUGUUAGCUCACGCUCACUCCACCGAGUCGGAGGAGGUCAUGGGGCUGCUGCUGGGCGACGUCACGGACCCGGUGAGGGGCGGCGGCGCGGUGUGCCGCAUCUCAUUGGCGUUCCCACAGAUCCGGACUGACCGCCGGAAGGACCGCGUGGAGACCAGCCCCGAGCAAAUGGCCCGCUGCAGCGCGCACGCGGAGCGGCUCAGCCGGGAGACGGGGUCGCGGGUGCGGGUGGUGGGCUGGUACCACUCCCACCCGCACAUCACUGUGCUGCCCAGUCACGUGGACGUGCGCACGCAGGCCAUGUACCAACUGCUGGAUCCAGGCUUUGUGGGUUUGAUCGUGUCGGCAUUUAACAGAGACGCCGCAACAGAGGCCGCCACGGUGCAGCUGACGGCGUUCCAGGCGCUGCCGGAUGUGGACCCCCAGGCCGCGGGCGGCCUAAUCCGCAAGGAGGUGCGUCUGGCCGUGACGCCCGCCGCCACGCCGCUGGAGCGCUCCUUCAGCGACGUGCUGGUGGUGCAGCGCAUGCUGCUCAUGGAGGAGAACGAGGUGUACAAGAAGGCGCUGGCCUCCGCACUGGCUGCGUCCAGCAGGUCCAGUGCGGUGGGCAGCGGCGCUUUCCCCACCCCAGAGCUGGUGGAGGUGCACCACGCUGGAGUGUACCAGGCCCACAUGGCCCGCCUGGUCCAGACGGCGCUGCACCCCUCGCUGGCGGCCCUGGAGGCGCUGGUGGCGCAGCAGCGGCAGCAGGAGGCGCAGCUGACAGCAGAGGUGGCAGCGCUGGAGAGGGAGGUGGCGGCGCAGGUGGCGGCGGCCGCAAGCGGCAGGCACUGAGGCGCACGUGCGUGUGCGGUUGGCUUGUGCCGCCCAAGGAUUUAGGCGGAUAGAAACAGGGGGCACGGUGUAUGGUGCAUGGCGGAAAGAGUCUGUGCGUGGUGUGUUGUUGUGUGAUGGUUGUUACUUGCGCGUGCGGCCUGCAGUAAGACUGGGGUAGUGCUGCGUUAUUUAUGUCACCACGUCGUGUAAGAAGGGUUGUUCAGCUGAAGACGUGUUUGCGCUGCAACUGAAAGCAAGCAGGAGAUCUUCCGAGUUGUCAGUGGCGUACGGUAUGCUGUGGUGCUGCUGUAGGAGACUAGGUACGCGCCGGGUGGCGGCCGUACAUGGGGCAUUUGGGCACUGGUGACUCGUGACCAGUCUGCUGAUCAUCGCAUUGUUACAAGCACAUUGUUCCCCAAACCCUGAGUUCACUUUGACAGCUGCACAGUAUCAGCUGUCAGCUGUUGAGCUGUAAAUGUAACAUUAU